AUUCCUCGUGGCAAUAAUGAAGGUAGUCUGAUUCAUUCACUUGCAAACAACUCAAGCAAAAGGUUUGUCAUUCGUGAAACAUGUCGCUCUCUAAAAUAGUCUUUCUUCUGUUUCUUUUGACAAGUGGUAGAAAUUGUGAAGAACCUCGCUGUUCUAAAUAUGAUUUUGAGGAAAAGGUGCUGGAAAAAAUGGUACGCAUAGAAUUUCAAAUGGAGAGACUGAAACUUGAGGUAGAGCAAUGUGUUAACAGAGUUGAAAAUAUCAAGACGGAAGUUAGUGAUCAGAUGAAAACAAAACAACAAGAGCUAGAAAAUGGCUUCGAGACCAGUAUGAAAGAAGUCAGUAAUGUCACAUCGGCAGUUAAGGCCAAGCUUCUUGAACUUCAAGAUACUGUAACACCAACUGUUGCAUUUAAGGCAAGAUUAAAUGUCAAUACUGCAGUGGUGGGAGGCCAGACCAUAGUGUUUCCAGUAUUCAUCUUCAAGGAAGGAGAUGCGUAUAACCCAGGUACCGGAAAAUUUACAGCACCCGUUAGUGGGGUGUACAUGUUCAGUUUAGCUUUCUGUGUUUACCUAAAGGAGACAUUGACUGUUAGUUUAAUGAUUGAAGGAACAAGAUAUUCAACGUCAUUGUUCUAUGGUGAUGGUGGCACUGGAUGUUCAAAUUCUGCUGAUACAGUUGCGAUAGUGACGGCCGGAAAGAAGGUAUGGGUCGAGGUAUUGCCAGGCGGUACUAGUAGUGGUACCAUUAUAUACCAGGAUUCAAAACGAUGGAAUACAUUCUCCGGGGCAUUAAUAAAUAGGAGGUUUUAA